UUUUAUUAUUGUGUGUUUCAGAAUCUUUUAAUGCUGAAUACGAGUAUAAAACGAGUAAAGAUUAUUUUCUUGGGAAAGGUGCCUAUGGCAGGGUCUAUAGAGGAACCCGUAAAGGUGAUGGCAAAUUGGUUGCCAUCAAGCGUGUGAGGCUACGUGAGGAAGAAAGAUGUAUUUGUUAUGCUUUAAGGCUGGAUAUUCCAGACCACUUGUUACAGAGGUGGCCUUAAUGUUGAAGUUAAAAGAAGCUCGUGAAUGCUCCUAUGUUAUAAGAAUGAUUGACUGGUAUGAGGAACGCAAUUACCUCAUGUUUGUUCUGGAGUACCUAGACGAAUGGAUGCCCUUGCGUAAUUAUAUCUCUACACCUGGAAAACUGCCGGAAGAUAAAGCUCGCAGGCUUAUGCUUCAGUUAGUGAAAGCAGUUAAACAUUGCAUAAAGCACGGGGUGUUUCACAAUGACAUCCAUUUUGGAAACAUCUUGGUGGACAGUGAAGGUGUACAGCUGAAGUUAAUUGACUUUGGGAUUGGCCGUCUAAUCAAUGACGCUGCAUACAAAUCCAAAGGACAUAAAGGAGCACCUGAGAAAUACUCGGAGUUCAUACACAGGGUCAUGCCAAAAAACGUCUUGGACUUAGGUUCUGUGCUAUAUAAGAUGCUGCACGGAAAAAAGCCCCUUCUUUGGACCCCAAUUAUGGACCCCACUUUAACCAAGAUGGUUUUGGAUCUGGCCAGUCCUGCAACAAAAGCCAGCAUCAGUCUGGACCACACCAAACCAAAAGCGCUAAAGCGCCCCUUUGACUGCAUCCGGAGGGGCAAAGUGAAGACAGUGCCGGAUCCACAGCCUCCAGUCAGUUCGAGCAAUCCUUCUUCAAAGGAUUCCUUAGAUCUGGCCAGUCAGUCGAAGGUGGUUAAAGGUGGUCCAGAAGAACCAACAUCACUAUUUGAAGAUUACCUCCAGAGAAAAAAAGAUGUGGAGCACCAUGUGAUGCUUCCACACAGGGCAGAUCAGGCACAUCCUGAUGCCACGGAUAAAGCCAGUCUGCCAAUUCCAAGACUCGUGUGAGUCUUGAAGGAACAGACGUGCAUGUUGGGCAAUCUAAAUAUCCGAUGCCGGAUGUGGCCCAAAAUCCAGCGGCUAAAGUGUCCAAAAUUCCUGGGCCUGAAAGUGCUGGUCAGCCGAGACAGAAAAAAACGGGUAAACCAAGACCCAAAUGUCUUCUGCCAACAGGUCCUGGUAAGAAAACUAAAUUGACUGUACACUCUAAAGCAAUGUUUUUGUUUUCCAUUUCAUUGUUUAUUAUUUCUUUUGUUGACUGACUAUCUGUAAGUUCUCUGUAAUUGUUUUGUUUUAUUUGUACCUCUGCCU